CAAUCGUGACCUAAUUGACAAGGCAGCCGUGGAGUUUUGUAUGAACUUCAACACAAAAAUCAACAGAAAGAAGCUGGUGCGAGCUCUGUUCACAGUCCAUCGAACAAGGUAUGAUCUGCUACCAUUUUAUGCUCGGCUGGUGGCAACUUUGUACCCUUGCAUGCCUGAUGUUGCAAAUGAGUUGGUGCAGUAUGUCAAGAGUGACCUUCGCUGGCACAUAAGGAAAAAAGAUCAGAUCAAUAUUGAGUCCAAAUUGAAGACAGUUCGCUUUCUUGGUGAGCUAGUCAAGUUCAAGAUGUGUCCAAAGAGUGAAGCCCUGCACUGUUUAAAGAUGCUGAUGUUUGAUUUUUCACACCACAACAUAGAGAUGGCGUGUGCUCUUUUGGAAACUUGUGGCCGUUUUCUGUAUCGUUCACCCGACUCUCACUACAGAACCAAAGUCUACCUGGAUGUUAUGAUGAGGAAAAAGGUAGCACUUCAUCUAGAUUCUCGUUAUGAGACAAUGGUGGAGAAUGCUUACUUCUACAGUAAUCCUCCAGAUACUGCUCAGACAGGUCGACCAGAACGGCCCCCAAUGCACAACUACAUCCGACGCCUGUUGUACAAAGACCUCUCAAAGAUUACCACAGAGAAGGUUUUAAGGCAAAUGAGAAAGCUAAAUUGGGAUGACCCAGAGAUUGCUUUUUAUGCAACAAAAUGUUUGACAGCAGUUUGGAAUAUCCGUUUCAACUCCAUACACUGUGCCGCAAAUCUCUUAGCUGGCAUUGCACCCUACCAUGAGCAUGUGGCUAUUCAAGUGGUGGAUGGAGUCCUUGAAGACAUCAGACUGGGUAUGGAGAUCAAUCAUCCAAAGUUUAAUCAACGAAGAGUCAGUUGCAUCAAGUAUUUGGGUGAACUGUAUAAUUACCGUAUGGUGGAAUCAGCUGUUAUUUUCAAAGUCCUUUACUCUCUCAUUACCUUCGGUGUUUCUCUUGACGCCUCGGCUUCCCACCCACUGGACCCUCCAGAGCACCUACUGCGCCUGCGUCUAGUCUGUGUUCUGCUGGACACGUGUGGCCAGUACUUUGACAAGGGGUCAAGUAAGAAGAAGCUGGACUGUUUUCUAACCUUUUUUCAGCGAUACUACUGGUUCAAGAAAUCACUGUCAGUCUGGAAAGAAGAUCAUCCCUUUCCAGUAGAUUUGGAGAACAUGCAGCAUGAUACAUUUGAAGCUAUAAGACCCAAAACACGUCUCUUCUCUAGUCUGGACGAGGCUCAGGAAGCUGUGCAGGUUAUCCAAGAUGAGUAUAAAGCCAAAAUAGCUGGCCUGCUGCCAAUUGUAGAGGAGGACCUUGAGGCAGAAGAUGAAUGUGAAGAGGCAUCAAGCAUAGCUGAGAAUGAGGAAGAUGAAGAACUGUCACAAAAUUUGUCUCAGGUUCGACUUACAGAUGGUUCAGGUACACAGGAUAGUGACCCCAGCCAGGAAGAAGAGUCAGGGCUGAGUACUGGAAGUCAAGAGAGAGAGAUUGAAGAUGGUCAAGAGUCAGAAGACUUUGAUGAGAAUGACACCUUGGACUCUGCAGGUGAAGAUGGCCAUGAGGACAAGGUAACAGUUUUAUCUGGUCGGCCAAAACUAGUUCCAUGUCCUGAAGAUGAGGAUUUCUUGGCAGCGUUUGACAAGAUGAUGGCAGAAAACAUCCAGAUGAGAACACAAGAGUCGCUGAAGGUACCUCAGCUGGACAUUGCUGUACCUAUGCACCUCCGCGGUAAAAAUAAAAAAUCAGUUGGAGUUACCUGUCCUUUAUCACUUGGUGGCCCAGCUCCAGCACCAGCACCAGCACCAGCCAAAGAAGAAGAAAAUACCGUCAGCUUUGUGCUGAUGACAAGACGCGGCAAUAAACAGCAGCUGACCAACUUAGAGGUACCAGUCACAGCCUGUUUUGCCACAAAGUUUAGAGAGCGAGAAGAGGCUGAACGUAUGGAGAAAGAGAGGAUGAAGCAGAUGGUCCUAAAUAUUCAUGAACGCCAGGAAGAGGAAGACUAUCAAGAAAUGUUGGCAUCACUAAAUCGAUCACCUCCAUCCAACCUGAACCGUGAGCGCAGAGUUCGCUACCAGCAUCCAAAAGGAGCACCCGAUGCAGAUCUGAUCUUUGGCUCAGGCCCAAAAUAAGUUAUUGUGUAACAGUCAUUGACCAAGGGCUUGUGAACUGUCUUGUUGCUUCUUCAACACUUGCAUCAAGAAAAGAACAGCAACUACAGCCAGACUUGUGUUUCUGCCCAUGCCAACUGGCACGCAUGUUGCAGUGGACAUGGAAUCUGACAAUCAAGAAUAACAACUUGUCUGUCAGAGAGUUUGGUGACAGGAAGUUUAAAAAAUGAGAGAUCCAAGUCAUUAAAGGUAUAAUUACCAGACAUAAGAUAAUAGUCGACACUAUCUGCUCAUAAAGUUGUUUCAUAUGAUGGUGUACAAGCUUUUUGUGUUAUGGCUACCUGCGGAAGCUGGGUAGAGGAGCUACAGGUCACAUGACCUGGAGGAUUUGGCAGCUGCAGCUGUGAACUUCUCACAGUAUUCAGGGUCUUGAAACAGAUGAGAUGAUCUGGAGGUUGAAAAUGGGCUUUAGAAAAAAAAUCUCUGUAGACAGUCUAGAAAAGAUGAAAAGCUGUGCAUAAUUACUGAUUGCAGAGACACCUGGAUAAUAGGUGUGAAUCCAUGCACACAGAAGCUAGAAUGAGUAGUUUUAAUAUUGAGCCACAGCUUUCAAAAGCAGUGGUGAAAGUACUCAAAGACAGUAUUGAAACUUUCAUUACACCCUGUUUGAAAAUUCAUACCAAAUAAUAGCUAUUUGGGCAACUGUGUUGUGUUGUGCUUGAUGUCUAAUGGAAGAAAUAAAAAUACAAAGUCAAGAAGA